GUCUUCGUUUCAAUAAAAAUUCAUCAAUUGUUCGAAGGAGGAACAACUUUCUUAUCCGAGCAUAAUUUCUGUGUCAGCAGGAUAAAACAGAAAAGUUGCCGUCGGGCAUUUGCAAUCAGGUUUAGUAACAUUCUGGUUGUCUCUCUCUGUCUUAUGGUUUUUAGAAAGCGAAGAGUUAAUAUACAGAUUAUAGCAGAACUUUGUCUGAAAUAGACAAAAAAUGACAGGGUGCUUAUACCUUGUCCUCUUAGCUGCCGCUUUGAUUUCUCAAGGUGAAGGCAGUCGGAGUGGAAGAACACACAGAAUAAAACGUCAAGAUGACCCAGAUUUUGAGUGCCCAAGACCAGAUGGCCUGUUUGCAGAUCCAACGACUUGCAGAAAGUUCUACACCUGUUCAUCAAAUUAUCCUUUCUUGCAAAACUGUCCAUCUUCCCUUUACUUUGAUGAUGUUAAAAAGUUUUGUACAAGGAAAACAAAGCAGCUGGUUUGUGGGCCAGUUGACACACCGGAUGCUACCGAGCCCCCACCUCCUGAUCCAUUAGCAGCAGGCGAAUGUGAUCCAGCUGCAUGUGUGCUACCAGAGUGCUAUUGCAGCUCCGAUGGCACUCGAAUUCCAGGCGGCCUCGAGCGUUCAGAGACACCGCAAAUGAUUCUGAUGUCCUUUGAUGGAGCAGUGAAUGCUCUCAAUUUCGACCCUUACAGUAAACUACUAAAGAAAAACAGAACAAACCCCAACGGAUGUCCCAUAAAAGGCACUUUCUUUGUUAGUCAUGAAUACACCAGUCACUUCCAUUUGCAGAAAUUUUAUGCAGCUGGCCACGAAGUUGCAAUACAUUCCAUCAGCAACCGAUAUCCUGAAGACUGGUGGACAACUGCCUCAUAUGAAGACUAUGUCGAAGAAAUGGUUGGACAACGUGAGAUUUUACACUUGUUUGCCAACAUUUCCAGAGAUUCCUUACUGGGAAUGAGAGCUCCGUUCUUACACCCAGGUGGAAACGACAUGAUGAGUAUGGCAUACGAUUACGAUUUUGUAUAUGACUCAUCGAUAUCAGUUCCUAUGGCACAUACUCCAGUCUGGCCCUAUACUCUGGACUACAAGAUACCACAUAGAUGCAUGCAAGGAUCAUGUCCUAAGCGAUCUUUCCCUGGUCUGUGGGAAAUACCUCUGAAUACUCUUUUCAGUGAAGAUGGAACAGGAGGUAUGUGCACACUAGCUGAUCAGUGUGUUUUUCAGGAAAACGAUGAUGAAUCCGUGGAACAAUUUUUAAAGGAUAACUUCAAACGCCAUUACAAAACCAACAGAGCGCCAUUGGGCCUUUACUUCCAUGUCAAUUGGUUCAACGAUCGUAACAAGACAAAUGUUCUACUGAACUUCAUCGAUGAUAUUCUAACCAAGAACAAGGAUGUGUGGUUCGUGACCAUGCAAGAACUUAUUUCCUGGAUGAGGGAGCCGACCAAACUCACUCAACUCAACUCGUUCAGACCUUGGGCAUGCGAGAAAAGAGAAAACUCAUGCAACAUUCCCAAAAAUUGCGAAACAACGUUGAUCAUGGAAGAUGGCUUUCAGGAACAAAGGUACAUGCAGACUUGCGUGAAAUGCCCGAAGAAAUAUCCGUGGGUUGGCAACUUUGAAGGAGCUCAAGAGGGUCGCAAAAUAAUAGAUCUGACAAGAGAGACUGAUGAGGCCAGGAGGAGAUGAAUUUAAUAUUUUCAAUUUCCUUUUUCUGUAAAACAGUGAAGACUUUGAAGUUUAAAUUACUUUUACGUUGUUAUUCGUUUAUUGACUGGAUUUACUGCUUUUGUAAAUAAUGGUGUUGUGAGUUAUCAUUUGAAGAGCUUGCCUGUGUUUUUAAAAGGUUAUUACAUACACAUCUUGUGAAAUAUCAGGCCACAUUCAAAUCAGGCCACAAAAAUUAGGAAAUUUUGUUACCUGGCCAGUGGCUAGUAAAAGCAUUUUUAGCAGUGGCCAUUUUUAAAACAUGCGGCCACUUUCUCAAAAAUUGAAAAUUCUGACCAUUAAACUGUUGAUGUUAUUAGUGUAAAAUAUUUCUUUUGAAGCACUUUUCGAAAUAGGGUUGAGUUUAUUUUUAAGAUGAAAAAGAUUUCCUAUCUUCCUUCGUGAAAUAGGCUUAUGUAAAAAUUAAGUAUUGUUUAUAACGUUUUCAAGUAAUAAAGUUUAUUUUAAUUUUUGAUCCAAACCUGCAACAUAAAAUAGUGUUUAUUAUCAAACAUAAAAUUUAAUUUUUACUAAAUAAUUCUCACUCUGUGAUUAUAAUAGUGAAAAAGAUGAAAUAUGGGACGAACACUAAACGUCCCGGAAUGAUUGCAGCAUUACUGUGUAAUAAAUACAAGAAGUCGAAAGCACGUGUUAUGGAGCACAUGGGAGCAUUUCCUGCUAAAAAGAGUGGCGACUGUGUGGCGAUUAACAGAAAAUUAUUUAAUCGCCACUUUUUAUAUUUAGUCGCCCUAUAUUACUGUUAAUUUUGCUCUAUAGCAAAAUCCCUAUGAAAAACAACAAAUAUGAAAACAAUUAUAUUCUUUUUCUUAAAAGAAAAUUUAUAAAUUAAGAGGGUCACUUUACGCAGUUAUGUUCUUAUUAAAAAACGUAAUUUUUAAGGAGCAUCUUCUAAAAAUUGACAAUACCCAUUAGCUAUAUAAUUUUCUAGCAACAAGACUGUUUAUAUGUAAAUAAACACCUUUAAUUAAUUUAAGUGAGCAUUUUUAAAAAAAAUUAAUUAAAUUGUUUUAGAAAAAUGUUUGUUUGGAACAUUUUCCAAAAACAAUUAUUUUGUCACAAGACUGUUUUUAUUCGAAGAUUUCUGAAAAAAAGCAUUACAAUUGCAUUCAUAAAAAAUUUAAAUAAAUAUUUUGACAAAAAUUCCAAUUAAAUUGAUCUCAAUAAUGUAAGAAAUGGAUUUAUCAAAAUUCAAAUUCAUUGACUUUAGGACAGAGCGCUUUUUGUGUUAUAGGUAAAGAAAAAAAAAAGCGCUAUCAAAAAAGAACAUGAAGCAAUCUUAACGAUUGACGUAAUAAGUUUUUGUAAACUCUUAAAAAUACUUCUUAAUAAGUUAAAAUAAAAAUGAAAAUUGUUUAAAAAUGAUCAGAAUUUGAACCUUACAUAGAAGUAACAAAUUUAGUUCUAAAGGCGAGAAGUGACUUCCAAAAAGCGUUUACAACAUUUGAAGUAACCCAUGAAAGUUUUAUUACAAAAAAGGGUACAUGUAAUAUUCCAUAAUUACUGUAAAACAUAGAAUGAAUAAUUUUUCAGUAAAAUAAUUAUUCAUUUCUACAUUGAUAACAUGUGUAACUUUUUUUGCAGAAAAAUAAAAUAUUUUACUUA